UAGUAGUUCUUAUUUACUUUUAUUUUUUGGUGAAUUGCUUAAAUUGACAGGUCAGGUACACGUACCCUAAAAGAAGCAAGCCUCAUCCCUUGAGAGCAAUUCUGGUUUGCUUUUUAUCACAAGAAGUCUGCUACCUCUCUUCCUCUUUUUCUAUUUGAUUAUAACAAAGAAGAAGAGUGAAUAAUCAUGGAGCCUAAAUCAAACGAUGGCUCCUCAAAUAUAAGAGUGCGGCUGCUAGAGGAAGAUAGUAUUCAACAGUCUGUUUAUGGACCAACAUCUUUUGCAAGAACUUGUUUCAAUGGACUCAAUGCUUUGUCAGGAGUUGGCAUACUUUCAGUACCUUACGCAUUAGCAUCAGGAGGAUGGUUAAGUUUGAUAUUUCUCUUUAUUAUUGCCAUCUCGACUUAUUACACUGGCUUAUUAAUUAAAAGAUGCAUGGACAUCGAUCCAACCAUCAGAAGUUACCCCGACAUAGGGGAACGCGCGUUUGGAUUUUUCGGACGAAUGCUUGUCUCCACGACAAUGAACGUGGAACUUUACAUGGUCGUAACAGGUUUCUUGAUUUUAGAGGGCGAUAAUUUACAAAACUUAUUCGGAGACAUAGAAGUUCAAAUAUUUGGGCUUACAAUUGGUGGAAAACAAAGUUUUGUGAUUCUCAUAACCCUCAUUAUCUUGCCCACUGUUUGGCUGAACAAUAUGAGGAUGCUUUCUUAUAUAUCUGCCAGUGGAGUAAUGGCAUCUAUUGUACUACUUGGAUCUAUCUUGUGGGCUGCUGUAUUUGAUGGGAUUGGAUUUCAACCAAAUGAAACACAGUUUCUAAACUGGAAAGGGAUGCCAACUGCUAUUAGCCUCUAUGCCUUCUGUUAUUGUGCUCAUCCAGUUUUCCCAACCUUAUAUACUUCCAUGAUAAAUCCAAAAAAGUUCUCCAAGGUCAUGUUUGUUUGCUUUCUACUUUGCACCAUCAGCUAUGCAUCAAUGGCUAUUGUGGGAUAUCUCAUGUUUGGUCCAAAUGUACUUUCCCAAAUAACCUUAAACCUCCCCACCAAUAAACUCAGCACAAAAGUUGCAAUUUACACCACACUAGUCAACCCAAUUGCAAAGUAUAGCUUGAUGAUAAAACCAGUGGCGAAUACUAUUGAAAAUCAACUUCCUAUUCAUUACAACAAAAGGGUCUACAACCUACUUAUUAGAACAACUUUAGUACUUAGUACUGUCAUCGUAGCAUUAACUAUCCCCUUUUUUGGAUAUCUCAUGUCACUUGUUGGAGCAUUUUUGAGCAUUACGGCUUCCAUAGUACUCCCAUGCUUGUGCUUCUUAAAGAUUUCUGGGAUUUAUUAUACAGUGGGAUUUGAGCAAGUAGUUAUAGAGGGGAUUGUGAUAAUGGGCAUAGCCAUUAUGGUUGUAGGUACUUAUACUUCUGUGUUAGAAAUUAUCAGUCAUUUGUAAGUGAACAUUUUACAUAUUUACUUUUCUUAGUACGAGUUUUGUACAAUUGCGGUUCUCAUGUACUUGAUUUUUCAUUCUGUAAUAUCGGAUUACUUAAAGAUUAAUUAGU